GCUCCACCACCAUCCUCAACCACUCGCCGCCUAUCGCAGAGAGCUGCACGUCCGAGGAACGGCUCCGCAUCGCUCUCACCAUGGCUCCUCCUGCCCGCCCCUCGUCGGCGGCACCGGCUCGCCGGCCAGCCAUGUCCGCCUCGACUUCGCGCUCCACCAUGGCCAGCUCCGACGGCGCCGGGCCGUCAGCCUCUCGCGUGCCCGCCAGUCGCAGCAAUGGGCCGCCUCUGAGCGGUCGCGCGGGUGCCUCAUCGUCUCAGUCGGAAGACGGUCAUGCAGUCGGGCGGCCGCGCGCCGGAUCGGUGGCUGUGGCAUCGACUGCGACGGGGCGGCGGCGGGAUGAGGACGAGACGAACAUCCAAGUUGUGGUCCGCGUGCGCGGCCGCGCACCGGGCGAGAGCGCCACAAAGGACCCAAUCGUGUCUACGUCUGGCGCCCGCUGCCAGGCGAUCAGCAUCGCGCUUGACGCGCCCGUCGUCUCCUCGUCGUCUGCAGCUGCGUCAGCGCUGGCAGAGCCGCAGGCGGUGCGGGAGAAGACGUACGACUUCGAUCACGUCUUUGGGCCCGAGGCGGACCAGGGCAUGGUGUACCAGCACGUGGUGGGCCCGAUUCUGGACGAGGUGCUGAGCGGCUACAACUGCACCAUCUUCGCGUACGGCCAGACGGGCACAGGCAAGACGCACACGAUGGAGGGCGACCUCUCCUCCCAGCUCGGAGGCACGUACGCGUCCGAGGCGGGCAUCAUCCCGCGCACGCUCUACCGCCUCUUCCACACGCUGGAGCUGCAGCGCUUCGAGUACAGCGUGCAUGCGACGUUCGUGGAGCUGUACAACGAGGAGCUGCGCGAUCUGCUCUCCGCAGAUCUGCCCACGCCGCUGGGCGGGUCAAAGGACUCCGGCCUGAAGCUCUUUGAGAGCGACGGCGAGAAGGGCCGUCGCGGCGUGUUCAUCGAGGGCGUCAGUGACUCGCCGAUCAUUGACGCAGCAGACGGCCUCAAGCUGCUGCGGAGAGGCAGCCAGAAGCGCCAGAUCGCUGCCACGCGGUGUAACGAGUCUUCGAGUCGCUCGCACUCGGUCUUCACGCUGACAGUGCACAUCAAGGAGACGACGCCGAAGGGCGAAGACGUGAUGCGCACCGGCAAGCUGAAUCUUGUCGACCUUGCCGGUUCGGAGAACAUCGGCCGCAGCGGCGCAGAGAACAAGCGCGCGCGCGAGGCGGGCAUGAUCAACCAGAGCCUGCUCACGCUCGGUCGCGUGAUCAACGCGCUGGUGGAGAAGAGCAGCCACAUCCCGUACCGCGAAUCGAAGCUGACGCGGCUGCUGAAGGAGUCGCUCGGAGGCCGCACGAAAACGUGCAUCAUCGCGACUGUCGCGACAGAGAAGGCCAACAUGGAAGAGACGCUCUCGACGCUCGACUACGCCCUGCGCGCCAAGUCGAUCAAGAACCGCCCGGAGCUCAACCGGCGCAUGACGCGCGCCGGCCUGAUCAAGGACUACGUGCACGAGAUCGGCACGCUGAAGCGGGAUCUGAUCGCCGCACGCGAGAAGGACGGCUUCUACGUCAGCGGCGACAGCUGGAAGGCGAUGCAGGAGGAGCACGAGGGCACCAAGACCGAGGCCGACGAGCUGCGGCGCGGCAAGGAGGUCGUCGAGAGCAAGAUGAACAGCCUGCGCGAGCAGUUCGAGCAGAACAUGCAGCUGCUCACCAAGCGCGACGGCGAGGCCAAGGCGGCCAAGGCCGAGUUUGUCGAGCAGUCCGAGACGCUCAAGCAGAUCAAGCUUCGCGUCGAGGAGCUGCUCGUGGCUGAGGAGGAGGAGCGGACGCUGCGAGAGGCAUACCAGCGCAGCGAGCGCAAGCUGAGCAGCGUCUCCGAUGCGCUCAACGUGCUCGUCGGCGAGAGCACAAAGGAUCUCGGCGGGCUGUUCGGCAAGCUUGAGCGCAAGGAGAAGGUCGAGGCUACGAACCGUGCCCUCGCCGCAGAGUGCCAGAAGUCUGUCUCGACGAUGACGGGCGCACUCGAGGCACGCGUGCUGGAGUACCGCUCCUCGCACGAACGCUUCACGAGCGACCUCUCAGCACAGCUCGUCAAGUUCACGCAGCGCCAGAGCGCCGAUGCCGAGGCCAAGGGGCAGCAUCUGGAGGAGCGGGCGCGGGAGCUCGCCAAGCUCUCGGCUACUCUGCGCAGCAAACAGGAGCUGAGCGUCGAGCAGAGCGUCAAGGCUGCCGACGAGCUCGACCGCAUCCGACAGGCAGUCAUCAGCGCGUCAGAGGAGCGCCGCGCCGCCACCACGGAUAGCUGCUCUCGUCUGGCGUCGCAGCUGCUCGAGAGCAGCCGCAGCUCCGCCGAGCGGAUGAAGAGCGGGCUUGCAGCGAUCAUCGAGAUCACCAGCGACAUCGCUCAGGCCGCUCAGAGCCACGUCACAGACUCGGCCGCUCGCAUACAAGCAGUGCAGGACCUCGCACAGGCCCGCACGGCCCAGGAGCUGGUGGCUCUGCGCGAGCAGAACGAGCUGCUUGCCCAGCUGCUCGACGAUGAGCGCACAAAGGCACGCACGAUGCGCGACGAGCUGGCUGCCAACAUCAGCCGUCUGCUGGUCGGCUUCACCGACGACCGCGACCGCAGCCUCACCGAGGCAGUCGGAAGUGUCCAGGCACGGCUCACGUCCGAGGAAAAGUCGGCCCAGACUUUUGCCGCCAGCCACAGCGCGCUCGUCACAGAGGUCGCCGAGUCUUCUUCUGCCUUCGCUGCCGACAUCGCGCAGCGCGAGAAGAUCGCUCGCAAGCACCGGCGGAAGUGCGAUGCGACAAUCGACCAGUCGUGCGAGCGGACAGCACAGAGCAUCGAGACGUUCGGCAGCGAAAUUGGCGAGAUCGCCGAGCAGGAUGUGUCGCAGACGCAGCAGAUGGGCAAGAGUUUCGCAGAGCGGCUCGCGAGACUGCGCAACGACACCGCUGGCACGCAGCAGGCGCAAGAGUCCGACCUGACGGAGCUGACAUCGAGCGUUAGCGCCUCAUACGCGACGGUGCGGACAGCCUACGCCAAAUCGCAGAAGGCCGUCGACUCGUACUCUGCAAAGGCCAGCUCUUCGCUUGCCGAGCACAAGUCAUCCGGCUUGGCCUUCGCAGCCACAGCAGCGCAGCAGCUCGCCGACCUCCGCGAAGAGUCGCGCGGCUACCUGUCGUCGCGCUUCGCCGUGGACGAGCCAACGGGCGACACACCGCGCAAGCGCGAGUGGGCUGCGCCGGCGCCGUGGCGCCUCGUGCCCUCCGACCGUCUCAGAGCAAUCCAGCAGCAGCGCAUGCGCGUCGAGGCCGCCGAGCUGCAAGGCGGCACUUCAGUGUCGAUUGCCUGCUCCGAGAGCGAGGCGGGCGACGCGGACGAGGAGCUCGGCGAGCAGCUGGCCGACUCUAGCCGACUGCUCUCUGACGACAACACGCUCAUGCCUGGCGACCGCACCGCACGCCGCUCGGAGAGCCACUCGAGCCUGACGAGCUCUGCUGCAGAGGCCGAGCCCGAGGUGGUGGCCAACGCACCGCUGCGCCAGCUCUCGAACGGCAACACGGCCGCGGCGCUGCCGAAGCGCAAGGCGGCCGACGCCGACGCUGCUGGCCCCGAGAAGCCGCUGCGUGCCAGCGCCGUGCCGAGCAUGAUCGGCCGUCCGAAGCGCGUGCGCCCCUGAGAGCUCGAGCCAUCCUUUCACCUUCCGCUGCUCCUGUCUCUCUCGCAUCUGGACUCCUUCUGCAUGUGCACUGCAGUGCUCUCGCCUCAUACCCCUGCUACAGUAAUUCGACGUUAUUGCGCGAUUGCG